UUAUUGUAAGCUCCCACGUUAGCAGAUUCUGUCUUUCUUCAAGUUCUUUAACAGUUCCUGCUUUCAAGCUCUGCUUGCCACUUGAACAAAAACCAGAACUCAAGGACACGCAUAAAGGAGCCCCAAGACAACAUUGAAUGUAGCUAAAAAGGUAGUGAUGGACGCAGCAAGAACAAAAUUAACAAGGGUUCUUUCAAGAACCUUCAUUAAUAAUGUUAAAGACAAGGCUCAGAGGGUAAUGGGAUCUGGGUCUUCUUUUGAGGGGCUGGCUAAGUAUUCAACAUCUGCAGCUGCAGUAGUGAAGGAUUAUGAGGAUUAUAGGAAGUCUUUGUAUGGUGAUAUUACACAUAAAGCUUUGCUUGUUGAUGCUGUUGGUACUCUUGUGGUUCCCUCACAGCCUAUGGCUCAGAUAUAUAGACAGAUGGGGGAGAAGUACGGAGUGGAGUACUCCGAGGAUGAGAUACUAAGAAGAUACAGAUGGGCUUAUGGGCAGCCUUGGGGCAGAUCUCGUCUCAGAUAUGUAAACGAUGGGAGGCCCUUCUGGCAGUAUAUAGUCAGUUCUUCCACCGGCUGCUCAGAUACUCAGUACUUUGAAGAGCUUUAUAACUACUAUACCACUGAAAAGGCCUGGCACCUCUGUGAUCCUGAUGCUGAGAAAGUGUUUGAGGCCAUUAAAAAGGCAGGUGUAAAAUUGGCUGUUGUGUCAAACUUUGACACCCGACUUAGACCUCUCCUGCGGGCUUUAAACUGUGACCACUGGUUUGAUGCUGUGGCAGUUUCAGCUGAAGUUGCAGCGGAGAAGCCAAAUCCAACAAUAUUUCUAAAAGCUUGUGAGUUGUUGGAAGUAAAACCAGAAGAUGCUGUGCAUGUAGGGGAUGAUCGUAGGAAUGAUAUAUGGGGUGCGAGAGAUGCAGGAUGCGAUGCUUGGCUUUGGGGAAGUGAUGUCCACUCCUUCAAGGAGGUCGCACAGAGGAUAGGCGUGCACGUUUGAGAGAGUUUUUCUUACAUGACAAUCUUUAAAAGGCUUCCCUUCUGUACAGGUUUACCUAAACUUUUAGGAAGAGGUUGUGCAUAGUGUUCUCAACUGUAGUCUGUAUUUAAGAAAAAGCUGCGGCUAUAAUAACUAGUGUAAGAUGAAAACAGAUAAAAAUGAAGGUACUGAGGGAUAGAACAGCUUUUUCUUUGUCAAAUACCUGAUAAUUUCUCUUGUAAAUCUCGCCUGUCUAGUCCAAUGUUUCUUUCUCAUGCAUACAA